AAAAAAAAAAAAAAAAAGAAAAAAAAUCGAAGGAAUUUGUGUUUAUUUAGCGCCUUCGCCGCAUUUUGCAAGUUUUCACGUGUCUCUUCGGUUUCGGGCUGACUCCUCAGCUUCGGUUGUAGAAGCGAGUGUCGGCGUUUGGCUUCAAUUUUUGGGAGGAAGCUUGCGGUCUUUGUUCAUUCAUUUGAUCGGUUGGGUUCCUUUGUUGGACCAAAGGGGGAAAAAAAAACAUGGGAGCACAAAUCUCCAAAACCGCUGGGAAAGAGGAAGCUGCAGUGGAAAAACCAGAAGACGGAGCAGCUGUUGCAGCAAAGACAAACGGACAGGAGAAUGGCCAUGCCAAGACCAAUGGGGAUGCCUCUCCGACUGGAGAGGAAGCCAACAAAGGUGAUGCUCAGGCCAAUGGCAGCACUCCUACUGAGGAUGUGCCAAAGGAAGAAGCCGAGAAAGCAGAGGGUGCUGAGGCCGAAGGAGAGAAGGAGCCCACAGCUACUAAUGGAGAGGGUUCUGCCAAGCCAGAGGAAGGCGCUCCAUCCACCAGUGAGGAUGGCAAGCAGAAGAAAAAACGCUUCUCCUUCAAGAAGCCGUCCUUCAAGCUUGGCGGCUUCUCUUUCAAGAAGACCAAGAAGGAGUCCGAGGAGGCAGCAGAGGAAGGUGCGGCACCAGCUGAAGGAGAGAAGGUGGUAUCGGAGGAGGCAGCUACCGAUGAAGCCAAACCAGCUGUGGCUGAUGAGGAGGGAGCCAAGGAAGCUGUAGAUGAGGAGCCUAAGGCUGCUGAGGAGGUCAAGGCAGGAGGAGAGGAGAAACCAGCUGAAGCUUCACCUACUGAACCCGAGAUGGCAGCUACCCCAGAGGCCACGGCCACCGCCGCCGCUGCUGAGUGACCUGCUGGACAAGACACCGUUGAAGGAAUGC